AUGGCCGCCGAGGUCUUCUUCACCGUCUGCUACCGCAACUCGACCACCGACAUCAAGCUGCUCAAGUCGCUGCACCAGUUCCAGCCGGCCGUGCUGCACGGCUACUGCCGCCGCCGGGUCAAGAGCAACGACUACCCGGGCAUCAUCCCGGACGCAGCCCACGACGUACGCGGCGUCUUGGUCACGGGCCUCACCUCGGCCAACAUGUACCACCUCGACUACUUUGAGGGCCCCGAGUACACGCGCGAAAAGGUCAAGGUUAAGCUCCUGACCAAGGUCGGCGACGACGAGGGCAAGGGCAACGUCGAGGGCGACGAGGUCGAGACCGAGGUCUACGUCUUCAAACACCCCGAGCGCCUCGAGACCCUCGAGUGGGACUUUCACGAGUUCCGCACGCAGAAGAUGAAGAAGUGGACCAGAGAGGACUAUGGUUUUGAAGACUCGGAGCACUUUGCACCCGUUGAUGUUGACGGAGUCACCGAGGACGAGAAGGGUGCUGCUGUCUAA